GCGUGAUGCGUACAGGGCAAAGAGCAGUUCACUAAAGGGCGCGGAGCCAGGAAAAAAAACAAUUCAUUAAUGCCGAAAGUGAACGGAUAUGACUAAUUAUAAAGUACAUUCAGACUCACCAGCAUCUGUAACACUUCUGUCCCUUCAGUGGGGAAAGUUGCAUCAUGAUAAUGUCCCUCAGGAUUGUGCUUCACAUCUGAAGAUUUCUUUUUUUUCCCACUCAUCACCUGUUGAAGAAGCAGAGAAUGUUGCUCAGGUUAAUCUUUUGCAGAAAGAGCCUCUCCUGAAUGUGUUCAACAGCCAACUAUGUUCUCCCUCUGAGGAGAACCUGUGAGGUAUUAGCCACUCCAGGCAGGCUGUGUGGUGGAGUGUCCAUGUCAACUAAUUUCCCUGGAGCCAGAUCUCAUGGAGCUCCUCAGGACACAGAGAUGGAUGUAGCUUGGCAGGAGCUGAUGGCCAUCACAGAGCUGCAGGAGUUUGAAGUCCCCAGUGAAGGCUCCUAUGAAACCACACAGUACCAAACCAUGGAGCCCAUGGUCCCUAUGGGAGGAUAUGGGAUGGCUCAGUCCCAUUCUGAGCCAACUCCUGCUGCUUGUGAGCUCGGUACCGCUGACACUUUUGACGGAUGUUACUCUGAAGAAGUGCCUGUCUGUCAUCGCCUAGGCAGCAACGCUGAGGCAAUGUAUGGACAAGCUCAGCUCAAUCAAAGAAUGCUCCCCAUCUCUUCUCACACACAGCCACCACACGUGGCUUUUAAGGAACAGAUGAACAUUUCUGGUACCAGUCAAGGGCACAGGAGGGCCAACGCUUUUCUCUCUCAGGAUCUACGUCAGCACAUGCUGUGGACUACACAUGGACAAAGUUCACAAGCUCGCUCAGCUGAUGAUCUAGAGUCAGACUCUGGUCUGUCUCUAGGUUCUAGUCCACCUCUGGCCUCCCCAGAUAAUCCUGUUGGUGGUGCACCGGGUUGCCAGAGUGUAGACAUUGGCAUGACAUAUAGUGAUGGUGAACCAGACCGCAUGACUGAGCAUGCCAGAAGAGCACACAUCCAUUACUCAAUGGACUACCAGAAUCAGUCUUCCUUGUAUUUACACUCAGGUACACAGUCUUAUUUUUCACCCCAACCCACUUUAUCUCAGUCACAUCCUAAUGCUCUGACUCCUCGGGCCGUAAAACAGCAGGGUCUGAGCGACCUGUUCAAUGACUCUGGAACGUCCAGCAGAGGGAGCUCACAACAUAACAUGUAUAUAAAACCACAAGGAAGUAACUCCGCUCCAGGUCCGCUGAGCAGAGAUGAGAGGCGGGCCAUGUCAUUGAAAAUUCCCUUCCCCACAGAGAAGAUCAUCAAUCUACCUGUGGAUGACUUCAAUGAACUCCUGACGCAGUAUACUCUGACAGAUAAUCAACUAGCACUGGUGAGGGACAUUAGACGAAGAGGGAAGAACAAAGUUGCAGCUCAGAACUGCAGGAAAAGGAAGCUUGAGAGCAUAAUUCACCUUGAAAGAGAACUGAACGAGCUGCAGGCCCAAAGAGAGCACCUGGCACAGGAAAGGCUUGAGUUCCAGCGCAGCUUGGGUUUUAUUAAGUGUCGCCUUACAGGCCUCUAUUCAGAAGUAUUUUCUCACUUAAGAGAUGAAAACGGACAGCCAUACUCAAUAGAUGAAUACACCCUACAACAGUCACCCGAUGGUAAAAUUUAUUUAGUACCUCACACAACUAUGCAAAAGAGAGAGCAAUGCUAAACAAGUGGGGAUAUUAUUUAAUAACCCUUACAGAAGGUAUACUGUCUGAUUGUGCUGAAUGAAAGCAUAUCAACUGGAAGUCACAUUUUCAUGUAGUUAUGACUAACAUGCAUCAAUAAACAAAUGCCCUUACAAUUGACUGGAACAACACCUGAGUACCUUUAAAAAAAUACUUUAUUAAAAAAAUAUUAAAAAAAACAAAACAAAAAACACUGCAUAGCAGUCUUCAGUUACAAAAAACAAAAUGAAGUCUUCCAGCACCCACAUGAUUAAUCAGAACCUGUGAAAACAUAAAUCUGUUAAAUAAAAUGAAAAACUUUUGG